UAGCGGUAGCGUUUUCUUGGUCCAUUGCAGCAAAACGCGGAUGAGUUGCCGUUAACUUGUAUCAGUGAUCCCAUGUCAUUUCAGUAUCUCCCUACUGUAUUUAGUUUGGAUACACUCUGUAGGCAACUUAUUACACAUUUUGGUGGUAUUUUUUUUCUUCUUGAGUUUGAAGAGUCUCUACCUGGGCGCGCGGGACUGAACCAGCGCUCACUGGCAGCAUCAGUUUGUGAGUCUUUCUGGACUGAGUCGAGACAGACUCCGCUUCUGACAACGCCUUUCACCCCGGUGUCCGCUUCCUCCGAGCAGCAGCAGCUUGGAAAAGUUAACUCUACAGGGGCUGUUGGACGGGACUGUGCCGCUUGACAACUUAUGAAAGACCGACAUUCUCUCCACACAAUCAGUGAAAUUAUUUGUGCGUAAAAGUGUAGACAUGGGGUGCACGAUCAGCGCCGAGGACAAAGCAGCGGUGGAGAGGAGUAAGAUGAUUGACAAAAACCUACGAGAAGACAGAGAGAAGUCUUCCAGGGAAGUGAAGCUGCUGCUAUUAGGUGCUGGUGAAUCUGGGAAAAGUACAAUAGUGAAGCAGAUGAAAAUCAUUCAUGAAGAUGGUUACUCAGAAGAAGAAUGCAAGCAGUACAAAGUGGUGGUCUACAGCAAUACAAUACAGUCCAUAAUGGCCAUCAUCAGAGCAAUGGGCCGCUUAAAGAUAGACUUCGGAGAUCCAGCUCGAGCAGAUGACGCCCGGCAGCUGUUUACUCUGGCCAGUUCAGCAGAAGAGGGAGUGAUGUCGGCUGAACUGUCCCGUGUGAUCAGACGCCUCUGGACCGAUGAGGGGGUCCAGGCCUGUUUUGAUCGUUCCAGAGAGUACCAGCUCAAUGACUCUGCCGCUUACUACCUGAAUGACCUGGACCGUAUCUGUGAGUCUGGGUACGUGCCAACGCAGCAAGACGUGCUACGAACCAGAGUCAAGACCACGGGCAUCGUCGAGACUCACUUCACCUUCAAAGAUCUCUACUUCAAGAUGUUUGAUGUGGGGGGGCAGCGCUCGGAGAGGAAAAAGUGGAUCCACUGUUUUGAAGGCGUCACCGCAAUCAUCUUCUGUGUCGCCCUCAGUGAUUAUGACCUGGUUUUGGCAGAGGACGAGGAGAUGAAUCGAAUGCACGAGAGCAUGAAGCUGUUUGACUCCAUCUGUAACAACAAGUGGUUCACACUCACCUCCAUCAUCUUGUUCCUGAACAAGAAGGACCUGUUUGAGGAAAAGAUCACACGCAGCCCUCUCACCAUCUGCUAUCCCGAAUACACAGGUGGGCACUCAUACGAGGAGGCAGCCGCGUACAUCCAGUGUCAGUUUGAAGACCUUAACAAACGGAAGGACACUAAAGAGAUCUACACUCACUUCACCUGUGCCACAGACACCAAGAACGUGCAGUUUGUGUUUGACGCUGUCACUGAUGUCAUUAUUAAGUUCAACCUGCGAGAGAUAGGCCUCUACUGAUGCUCCACACACCAGCACCACUUUAUUUUUCUCUUCAGAUCUUUGAAGCUGUAUUGCCAGAAUGCCAAUUCUGCAGAAGACCAUUUGUAAAGUAGGUACAAAUAACGACUCAACCAGUAUUGGAACAGACACAAGGAUUUUCAAUGGGUAUUUGAACAGACAUUGUCCUGUGCCCUAGUAGAAACUAAAGGGUCAGAAAGUUUGUAAGUUUGUGUCUGGAGUCCCAAAGUCUUAAAGACAUUGUUCAAGGGCUCUGUCAACUCAUUUUACACUUAUGUAAAUAUAUUGCACUUGUCUACUCAUUUACCUUUCUGUCAUAGUGCUAUUUACUCAGAUUUGUUGUUUUGGGGCCAUAGUAACUUCACUUGUCAAUAAUUAUUUGUACAGUAUGUUUUUGUGCUCACCGUUGUAUUGUGUAGAACAAUGUGUAGAACAAUCUAUGCUUUUGUAAUUCAACCACAUCUUACUGUUUUUAUACUUGACACAUCAUUGCGGUGGAGAAGAACAUUGUUUUUAGAUGUGUUUUUGUCAAGUUUGGAGCAGAUUAUAUGAAUCCUAUGGAUAUUUAUGAUGGAAAUAUGGGGAUCUUCUAAAGUUAUAAAUAAUAAUACAUCAGUGUAUGUCCAAGUGUGUUUUGCUAAUAGAAAGUCACUGGCACUACUUUUGUUAAAUAUUACAAUUGUCAACUUUUCAAAAAAAAAAAGAUUUGUAAAUUUCCUUUAGGUGGUUCUUCUAAAUAUUAAAUAAUGCCACAAAUCUC